AUGCUUCGGGCUACGCACGUGGCAAACCCGGAAGUAAAGGAAAGGUUUCCACCGCCCGCGUCUGCGCAGAUCAGCGCGCCUCUGGAUACGAAUGUUUCAGGUGUAGGGGAGAAACCCUACAAAUGCUUGGAGUGUGGGAAGAGCUUUUGUGACAAGAGAACCUUAAUAGACCAUCAAGGAAACCACACAGGGGAGAAACCCUAUACAUGCUUGGAGUGCGGGAAAAGGUUUAACUGGAAGAGGAGCUUCACUGUCCAUCAGAGAAAUCACGUGGGAGGGAAACCCUACACAUGCCCGGAGUGUGGAAAAAGCUUCACGUGGAAGAAAAGCCUCACUAUCCAUCAGCGAUUUCACACGGGGGAGAAGCCCUAUAAAUGCCUGCAGUGCGGGAAAAGCUUCACGAAGAAGGGGCACUUCACUGGUCAUCAGAGAUCUCACACAGGGGAGAAGCCCUGCAAAUGCCUGCAGUGCAGGAAAAGCUUCACGCAGACAGCACAUCAUACCACACAUCAGAGAUCCCACACGGGGAUAAAGCCAUAUAGCUGCCCGGAGUGCGGGGAAAGCUUCAGUGUGAAGGCAACUCUCCGUUCCCAUCAGAGAUCCCACACGGGAGAGAAGCCCUAUAAGUGCCCAGAGUGCGGGAAAAGCUUCAGCGUCCUCUCGAACCUUCGAAGGCAAGAAAGGAUGCACUGCGGGGAGGAGCCAUACAACUGUUUUGAGUGCGGGAAGAGCUUCAGCGACGGGGCGAGUCUGGCUGACCACCAGGGACGUCACAUGGGGCAGAAACCGUAUCCGUGCCCAGAGUGUGGGAAAAGCUUCAUGCAGAAGAAAAGUCUUGCUGUGCAUCAAAUGGGUCACGCGGGAGAAAAGCCAUACAAAUGCCAGCAAUGUGAGAAAAGCUACAAUUACAGGAAAAACCUCACCGACCACCAGCGACGUCAUACGGGAGAAUAA